UGAGUGGCAGGCAACGUGUACCUCAUCUCGCACUGUACCACACUCCGAGCUCCUUCAGCAGACCACCUCGUCCACGCCGCCGUCAGCAUGGAAAUCGGCCGCCUUUCGCUCCUGCUCGCAACCUGCUGGCUCACCCUGGCAUAUCUCACAGUCCCAACACAGGGGAGGAACCAGCAUCAUGCAAAGAGAUCAGCAUGCGAUUGCAGUAGCUACGUCUGCGGCACGCCCAACAGGGGCGGCCGCAUCGUAGGAGGCAACGAGACGAACCCCGGCAAGUACCCUUGGCUCGUGUCGCUCUCCUACCGCGGAAAGCUCUACUGCGGCGCCACCCUCGUCAACGACCGAUACCUCAUCACUGCAGCUCAUUGUAUCAAACGCGUGACCAAGAGCCGCGUGCAGAUCGUGCUGGGAAGCCACAACAAGAGCGACAUUCACGAGCCCUCCCGGCAGGUGCGCAAGGUGGGCGACUGGUGGGCGCACGCGGGCUUCGACAGGCGCACGUUCAACAACGACAUCGGCGUCAUCAAGCUCGACACCCCCGUUACUAUUACGAAAUACGUCCGCCCAGUUUGCCUUCCCACACAGGACCAGUCCUACGUGGGCGACUUCGGCAUUGUGCCCGGAUGGGGCCGCCUCUCGGAGAACGGCAGGUCCAGCGACGUGGUUCGUGAGGUGAGGGUCCCCAUCAUGAGCAACAGCGAGUGCAAGACCAAGAAGUACAGCCCGUCCGAGAUCACCGACAACAUGAUGUGCGCCGGCUAUGAUGCAGGGAAGAUCGACGCCUGCCAGGGUGACAGCGGCGGCCCCAUGUUGUGGGAGAGGGAAGGAAGCUCGCAGAUCCAGCUCAUCGGAGUGGUGUCUUGGGGUCAAGGCUGUGCACGUGCAGGAUACCCAGGGAUCUACACGCGCAUCCAGAACUACAGGAACUUCAUCGACGCUUACAUCAGGGAAGGCUGCUUCUGCCCCACGCAGUAGAGCGCAAGCUGCCCGAAGGCGUGGCCAGUUCUUCGAAUUAACUAUCAAGAUUCUUCAACCAAGUGUCAAUUGUGGUUGUUUGGUUCUUUUUGACCUGCUAAGGAAAUCGAGCAAAGGAGAUUCACUAAUUUAAUUACAUUUGUUUGAUUCCCUUUGUCUCGGAAUCAUUCAUCCGAUGGCCCCUCGAUAUCAUUCGUGGAUUUCCAUAUCAUUUUUGAAAUACCUCAGCCUUACCGGGGCCUUUUACAUUAGUUAAUAGAUUAUUAGAACCAGCAUUUGCUGAUUUGUGAAACAUCCACGGGCGCUUGGUAUUAGAAUCCCAUUUUCUUGUAUUUCACUAUACUAUUUAUUUAUUCUAACAUUUAACAUCAACUGAUCAUUAUUUCAAGUACAUAAACAAUUGUAUGUAGUGCACUGCAGUAGAAACAAAGCGUUUGUUCUCACACUUCCGGCGAGGUCGGGCUACCUCACCUACAGAAGAUUUCUAUUAGUUUUCAUUUAUAGGAGUAUAACAUGCUAUUGAACAGCACAUAAUAUGUACAAAACUUUCAUCUCACCCAGAAAUUAAUCACGUGUUUGCCGAACGAUGUAUGCGAAAUAUAUUAGAUUCGUGAAACUUGUACUGAUUGUAGUACAUGAGUUUGUGUCGAGUUGUGUGUGCUUCAUUGUGCAACCGGAAAAUGUGUUUUGAUGAAAUUCAUUAAGGAGUGUUUGCCUAUUUUGUCGAGUGCGCAGCAUGUCCUGGGGCCAAAAAGUAUGGCUAAUAUGGGCAUAGUUAUCUAGUCUUCUCUAUGUAAUAAAAUGACCACGUGAUAUUGA